CUUUGAUUUCCAGUUCAGAGAGGUUGCCUAACAGGCCAAAAUGGGACAUUGGGUUGAUUCCAUUGUCCUCAUUUCUUCAUACCAUUUCAUGGUUUUGGCUCUUUUUUGCUGCAAUAAGCUGGCAAAUGGGUGCGAUUUGUUCACAGGCAGAUGGGUUUAUGAUCCAUCUUACCCUCUCUACAAUGCCUCGGCUUGUCCUUUCAUUGAAAGAGGGUUCAGUUGUCAGAAAAACGGACGCCGGGAUCUGCUUUACACUCGAUACCGGUGGCAGCCGUCUCGGUGCUCCGUCACAAGGUUCGAUGCAUUGAACUUCCUAAAGAAGUUCAGAGGGAAGAGCAUAAUGUUUGUGGGAGAUUCUCUGAGUCUAAAUCAAUGGCAAUCCUUGACAUGCAUGCUUCACUCUGCACUUCCUAAUGCCACAUUCAACAUUACUAGAGUUGCAGAUCUCUCCACAUUCGAAUUCCAGGAUUAUGGAGUGAAGGUGAUGCUUGAUCGAAAUUUGUUUCUAGUAGAUGUUGUCAAGGAAAAGAUUGGGAGGGUAUUGAAACUUGACUCUAUUGAAGGAGGCCAGCUAUGGAAAGGAAUUGACUUGCUUAUCUUCAACACUUGGCAUUGGUGGAGUCGUCGUGGACCCACGCAACCGUAUGUUUCAUAA